UGCCAAAAAAAAUCGAAAGAUGGCACUAGUGUUGACGCCACGUAAGAUUGACAGUAGAUGAUAUUACAAAUAAUUUUCUAGUGAUAAAUUAUAAUAAUAUUAAAAUAUGAUCAAUGAAAUGCUGGAUUCGUGAUACUUUUUCCAAUUAGUUUGAAGUUUGAAUUGGAAGUCCAUAAUGUCGGGGAAUAAUAUGAAUGGGUCCCCUAACCCAUUAGAGCCAGCAGUGAAUCCAGCUGUGAAACCUGUGCCUCAAUACAAUUUCAAUGGAAUCACAUCACUUCAUAAAUCUUCCAGAGGUUCAUCCCCAUUAUCUCACAAUAAAAUACCAUCAUCACAGUUGCCGCCCUCAAGGAUACCAGCUUCACAACUUCCUUCUAGCUCAGUGACUCAUAAAGUAUCUCAGUCGAACUUACAGCAUCAGUUGCCAAAUGUUAUGGGACCUCAAUACUUUUCAACGCCUAACGAAAAUGUGAGUUUGCUUAAAACAAAUGUCAGUACAGGUUUGGGCAGUUUUUCCCCUGUCACAACAAAAAAUAACAUUGAUAGUUCAUUACACCAGAACUUCCUUGAAAUUUCAUUGAACGAUAAUAAAUCUACGAAAUCUGACCAAUCCAGAGAAGAUGAAUAUUUGAAUAGUCGGUCUGUGAACGCAGUUGGGAGUAUGGAUGAUGUGAAUACAUAUGGAAAACCGUUGAAUUCUAAACUUGAUAAUUUAGAUAAUAAAGGAGUGCAAUUGGAGUCCAGAAAGUUCAGCAAUCAUUUAUUUCCUAAUGAUAAUAUGACGAGAAGCAAUAAUGAUGCUACAAGGCUGAGUCAACAUAAUCCUUUUUUGAGUAAUUCAUCGAGCAAUAGUGAUAAUAAACUACUUGGUAAUAAUCCCAUUGGACAGCAAAUUCCUCUGGGACAGCAAGUUCAAACCCCACAGACGACACUUGGACAACCUGUUCCAUUUCAACAGAUGCAGAUUUCAAAAAGUGGAAUGACCCAAAGUCGCCCUCAACCAAAUAUUAGGAGCCCUCCAUAUUCUGUAGCUGCUCCGACUAACCCAAAUAUGAUGCCUGGUCUGAAUAAUAUUCCCGCACAUAAUCCACCACUGCCUCCUAUUAGUAAUGACUUUGUUCAAAGACCAUCAUCAGGUAUUAGGCCUUUUAAUUCGAACGUAAUAGGAAACCAAGCCCAGAAUAAUCCUAGAAUGCCGCCAAUGCCUCAGAAAGUACCGAGUUAUCAUCCGGUUCCACCAGGAAAUAUUCAACAAACAUCAAUUCCCCCUAAGUAUCCUCCUAGUUAUAAUGGAGAACAAAAUAGGAUACCACCCUUAAGUCAGCCGAUGUCACCUUUAAACCAACCAAUACCUCCCUCAACACAAAAUUUCUCUCCGUCCCACACAAGAAACGUUCCGUUUCAACCAUCAAAGUACCCUACAAUACCUCCGCAACAGGCAGCAAGACAAGCUAGUGUACCCCCAUACAAUCAACAGUAUCAAAGCCAAAAUCAACAGUUCAAUUCAGGCUAUGGCCCGAAUCAAACCAACCAAUAUCAAGCCCAAUACGGUCAAAACGUUGUCAGUCAAGGUUUCAACAAGCUCUGGGGUAUGGAAAAUUACGAUCUACUUCAAACGAUCAACAUACUACCGGCUGGCAAGAUCCCACCUCCGAAAAUACUAUUGGGUAACGAGAUUUUGAACUCGGCAAAUUGCAGCGGGGAGAUUUUCAGAUCGACGCUCACAAAAAUACCGGAGAGCCAAAGUUUACUCCAGAAAUCGAGAUUACCGCUUGGAAUUCUGAUACAUCCCUUCAAAGAUCUAACGCAGCUCUCAGUGAUACAGUGUAAUGUUAUAGUGAGAUGCAGAGCGUGUAGGACUUACAUAAAUCCUUUUGUUUCUUUUGUGGAUUCGAAAAGGUGGAAAUGCAACUUGUGUUAUAGAGUGAACGAUUUGCCAGAAGAAUUUCAAUACGAUCCAGUCUCGAAGACAUUCGGAGACCCAUCGAGAAGGCCGGAGAUCAGGUCCAGUACCAUUGAGUACAUAGCGCCGGCUGAGUAUAUGCUUCGGCCCCCUCAGCCAGCCGUUUAUUUAUUCCUACUGGACAUCUCUAGAUUGGCUGUGGAAUGUGGAUAUUUGAAUUUAUUCUGUAGUGUUCUUAAGGAAGAAUUAGUCAAUUUACCCGGAGAUUCAAGGACGCAAGUUGGUUUUAUCGCUUAUGACUCCUGUUUACAUUUCUUUUCGUUUGCGGAAGGUUUAAGUCAGCCCCACGAAAUGAUGGUUUUAGAUAUAGAUGAUAUAUUCUUACCCUGUCCCGAUAAUUUAUUAGUUAAUUUGAAAGAUAAAAUGGAACUGAUAGGAGAUCUACUCAAUCAACUCCCGACCAGAUACAAUAACAGCUACGACAGCAAUUCUGCGUUGGGGGCUGCUCUUCAAGCUGCUCACAGAAUGAUGUCCCCGACCGGAGGCAGGGUGACAGUUUUUCAAGCUAGCUUACCGAACGUUGGUCCAGGUGCCUUGACGCCUAGGGAAGACCCGAAUCAGAGAUCGGCAGCCGAAGUUCAAAACUUAAAACCUGCAAAUGAUUUUUAUAAACGAUUAGCGUUGGACUGUAGCAGUCAACAGAUAGCUGUUGAUUUAUUCAUAAUCAAUUCUCAAUAUAUCGAUAUCGCCACUAUAAGUGGAAUAAGCAGAUUUAGCGGAGGGUGCAUCCAACAUUUCCCGCUGUUCAAAUACCAAAGGCCUAUUGUGAGUGAUAAGUUAGAGAGAUAUUUCAGAAGAUACUUGAUCAGGAAAGUUGGAUUCGAGGCGGUGAUGAGGAUCAGGUGCACUAGGGGAAUGUCCAUACAUACUUUCCAUGGGAAUUUCUUUGUUCGUUCUACCGAUUUGUUAUCUUUACCUAAUGUCAAUCCGGAUGCAGGAUUUGGUAUGCAGGUUUCAAUCGAAGAGAAUUUGUCGGAUGUGGAUAGCGUCUGUUUUCAAGCAGCUUUAUUAUACACUUCCAGUAAAGGUGAAAGAAGAAUUAGGGUGCACACCCUAUGUCUACCAGUAGUGUCUGCUUUACAUGAAGUUAUACACUCGGCUGAUCAGCAGUGUAUCGUUGGAUUAUUGGCUAAAAUGGCGGUGGAUAGAAGUGUAGAAUCUAGUCUUUCAGAUGCAAGAGAAGCGUUCAUCAACGUUGUCAUAGACAUACUUUCAAGUUAUAAAUUGUCCUUGAAUCUCGGAUCAACACCAAACGGAUUGUUAGCACCCAAUUGUCUGAAAUUAUUACCUCUAUACAUAUCUGCCCUACUUAAAAGCCAAGCAUUUAGAACUGGUACAUCAACGAGAUUGGACGACAGAGUGAAAGCGAUGAUCGAUAUGAAAACAUUACCAUUAACGGCAUUAAUUCAAUAUAUUUACCCCGAUCUAUAUCCAGUUCACAAUCUAGAAGAUCAACAAAUAAUUUUGAGCGUAGAAGAGGUUCCUAUACAUGUUCCCCCUCGUUUACAAUUGACUUCUAGACAUAUAGAUAACAUAGGUGCCUAUCUGAUGGAUAUUGGUGAUCAUAUGAUAUUAUAUGUGUGUUCUGGUGUAUCACAAGUGUUUUUGAAUGAAGGUCUGGGCGUCCAAAGUUUCAAUUCGUUGAAUGAUCAAAUGUACGAGAUUCCUAUGAUAGAGAAUGCAACAAACCAUCGGUUAGUGUCGUUUGUGAACUAUUUGAAUGAGGAAAAGCCUCAUCGUGCUACUGUACAGGUCAUAAAGGAUAACAGUCCUAAUCGUGGUGCGUUUCUCGAGAGACUUAUAGAGGAUAGAUUUGAAAACGCGCUUUCUUAUCAUGAGUUUUUACAACAUAUAAAAGCUCAAGUGAAAUAAUGUUAAGUUAUAUUCAUUAUGUUAUUAUUGGUUUUGUAAAAUAUACAGCAUUAUAAAUAAGGGUGUAACUCUUCAAGUCAUUAUAUAACUAAAUUGGUGAAAUAAACUAGCCAAUAUUUUGAAAGAAUAUGUUUCAAUACAUUAUUUUUUAUGGAACUAGGAAGUGUGAGAUGUACUCUUUCAAUAUAUACAAAAUGCCAUUAGGAUUAUUUCUAUUCCAGUCACCACUCGCUACUUUUAUAAAAAUUACACGAUUUUAUUCGAAUUUUUCAAAAUUAGCUUUUGACACCAAUGGAAUUUUUCUGAUGUCUCUCAGACACGUUCAGUAGGAGAAUUUGGGGAUGUACAUAUAUUAUUUUAAUUGUUUUUCAAUGUUACUAUUUAAUCACCCCAAUAGUGUAGAAAAUACACUUUGUAUCCAUGUUGAGUGUAUGUCAAAAAUUGUUUUUUCCCAAUGUAUAUUGGAACAGAGCAUCCAGAAUGAGUGAAAAUAUUUAUAUUAUGUGUAUGUACAUCGAAUACAUAAUAGAGAUGUACAUCAUUGUUGAUUGUUUUUUCAAUAAAUUAAUUUCUUCAUUUUA